CACCAAUGUUUAGAACAAAGAGAGCAGAGGAGUGAGGUGGUUAAGGUUAAAGACAAAGAUUUACAAAGAUAUUUUGAUUAUGGGGACAUAUAGCAUAUUCAUUUACUGUUAACUGGCAUGUUGAUCAAUGGACUAAUAAUAAUAAUAUGGCCUUUGUUGAUUUAUAUUCUGUAUUAAUAAUCUGCAUAGUAUCUAAUAACUUAAGUACAGAACUAGCAUUUAAAACCGAGUGGAGUAGAAGUGUAAAAUGUAAAUACUCCAGAAAAGUACACGUACCUCCAGUUUGUAGUCAAGCACAGUCCUUUGUAAUGUGUGUUUUUCUCAGUGGGCGGAAACUGAAGAGAUGAAUGCUGAUGUUGCUCUCUACAGCUGUUUACGCAUAGAGUAAAAACCCCAACACCCCCAAUCCAAACCGCCCAGACUCUGACCCUCUGCAUGGAUCUUCCCUUCACUCUUUGCGGCUCCAAGCUGUUCCCGUCCCCCCUGUGAGAGAAUGUACCCCAGCGAACCGGAUCCCUCCCCUGCCCCCCCGCACCCUGAGGCACAGCUGGACUUCUUCCACAAGCUCGGCUACUCCACGGCUCAGGUCCUCGCCGUUCAGCAGAUGUUCGGCUCCAACAUGGACAGAGAUAAACUCCUGGGGGAGCUAGUGAGGAUCGGGGCCAGCCGGGGGGGCGACCAGGGGGCCGUGACCACGAUGUCAGUGCUGUUGCCAAGAGGGGACCUCGAGGCCAUGGGCCCCACCUUGCAGCUCCCUCUUACUGUAUCUUCUGACCAGAGCCGAGAGGAGGGCAGCGAGGAGCAGGAUGCUCUGAGGCCCGUCGUUAUAGAUGGAAGCAACGUGGCCAUGAGCCACGGGAACAAGGAAGUUUUCUCUUGCCUUGGAAUCCAGCUGGCUGUGAAUUUCUUCGUGGAAAGAGGCCACACGGAAAUUACUGUGUUCGUUCCUUCAUGGAGGAAGGAGCAGCCCCGGCCAGAUGUUCCCAUAGCAGAUCAGCACAUUCUGCGAGACCUGGAGAAGAGGAAGAUACUUGUGUUCACUCCGUCGAGACGCGUGGCAGGCAAGCGGGUGGUCUGUAACGACGACUGCUUCAUCGUCAAACUGGGCUACGAGUCAGAUGGCGUCAUCGUGUCUAACGACAUGUACCGGGACCUGCAGGCGGAGAAGCCCGAGUGGAAACGCUUCAUCGAGGACAGGCUGCUCAUGUACUCCUUCGCCAACGACAAGUUUAUGCCUCCUGAUGAUCCUCUGGGCCGCUACGGACCGACCCUGGAGAACUUCCUGCGCAUGUUUCCAAAGACUGCCAAAAAACAACCAUGUCCUUAUGGGAAGAAAUGUACUUUCGGAAUCAAAUGCAAAUUUCACCAUCCUGAGCGAGCCAAACAGUCCAACCGCUUGGUUGCCGACGAGCUUCGGGAGAACGCCAAGCACCCGUCCAGAGCUCAGAAACAAUCCUCAACGGGCUCCGGCCCCGCGCCAGGACAGAGCCUGUUGCAGCUGGAGGACAUGGCAAAGAAACUGUCCCUGGGACACGAGAGCAGCUCCUUAAAGAGAGACUUCAAGCAUGAACAGUUGAAGGCCAGUCACCUAUCCAGCAAGAGGGCCCCAUCUAGAAAGGAGAAGAACGGCCAGAUGCCGUCGAGGGGCUCUCAGGAGCCGCUGGACUCCGGUUUAGGCUCCAUAGACGGUCAGCCAUCGGAAGUUCCCUGGAGUUCAUGUGACCACCAGUAUGGGGUGACGUACGGCAGCUCCCAGCACACCCACAGUGCGAGACAAGAGUACUCGCCUCUGUGCAGCUGCUUCUCACUUGGCCCUUCCUCUCGGGGGACCGCGCCAGCUUUCCGGCCCCCCAAACAGCAGUACAGCCACGGGCUGGUCACCAGCCACAACUCCGGCACGGUUCCCUACCCGCCUCAUUGCGCCAUCUACGGAGAUGACACAGUCGGCAUGUCAGCACACAGUCAGCCCACAGAUUUCCAAUCCUGCAGAGUCCACGGCUCCCACCAGCAGCAGCGGCAGUGCUGGUCCGAUCCGUUCGGGGCUCAUCCCUCGGCGAACCGCAGCCUGCCGGAGGAGCGCCCCCAACGGGCUCCUCCCCAACGGGCUCCUCCCCAACGGGCUCCUCCCCAACGGGAUCCUCCCCAACGGGAUCCUCCCCGAGGGACGACUCCCAGCGGCGAGAGAGACGUCGUCAGAAAGAAGCUCCUCGCCAUCUUCAGCGUCCACUUGGUGGAUGCGGCCAUGGACAUGUUUCCUCAGCUGAUGGACCCACAGGUGCUGGUCGCUGAGAUUCUCAACCUGCAGAGUCAGCGCGGGUCGCAAAGAUGAGACGACGUCCAGAGGGGGCCUGAACCACGUCUUUCAGUAGAAAGCCCGAAAAGAUAAACAGGAGUUUGUC